CGAGAAACUGCGGAGAGCUACCGCUGGUAUGGCUGAGAAAUACAACUCGCGCCCGGGAGAAUGGAGAUCGUGUCGCCGACACGAUCGCUGCGGGCACGAGGAGAGCACGGGUGAGACGGGCCCACGUCUGGGUGUCCCUGAGUGCAGUGAGAUGAGCGGAGGGCGGGACGCGACGUCAGCAAUCACUCGCCGCAUUUGGUAGUUUCCGUUUGCAUGCACCUGUUGCCGAACGGACGGCUCGCGCGCGGGAGAUGCGGUACGCGAGUCCUCCCAGUUUCAGACUCCUCGAGGCCAGCACCCACGGUCGGAGAUGUGCGACGUGAUUUCAAACCCCAAGAGAGUACCUAGUAGUGCUGGAGAUCGCGCUGAAGCGAGGCACA